AUGACCGUUAUGAUGAUGGGCCGUGUGAUGUGUGUGUUGGCCGUUGUGCUGUGCUGCGCCUGCGGGUAUACCAUGGCGGCUGCUGCUGGAGAUCCAGUGGUUGUGAAGUCUCCCGUUGAUUAUUCGCUUGAUAAGAACAAACCCUAUUUUCCCUGGGUUCCGGAUACUAGUGAAGAAGUUUAUUAUUGUAUGCAAAACAAAGUUGAAGGACAUAAGAAUAAAAAACAUUGUGCAUCAUGGGGCAAAACAAAAAUGCCUGAUGAAGCAGUUGCGAAGGGAAUAAAAGAACCACAGUUACUUAACGAGCAACCGCAACAUAACGAUAGAGUUGAUGAUCAUUCUGCGCAUUUAGCCGACUCCACCACUGACCCUGGUAGACGUUCCGCUAAUGCAGAGCUCUCCAGAACAGAGGAGACCAGUGAAGCAGGAAGUCACUCUAGUAGUGAAGGUGAUGCUGCUGAUUCUCCAAAGCCUGCAUUACCUGUCGCACGGGAAGAGGCUGAACAUCCUGUUGAGGUCACUUCUGUAGGUUCACACGAAGCAGAGGCUGGUGUCACGGAAGAAAAAUCAUCAAAACAGAAACAGGCAAAAGACAAGGAACUGGAGAAUAAACAAGAGAAAACAGAAUCAGUGCGUGAUGCAGUGUCCUCUUCUGAGAAUUCUGCAUCAGAAAUUAAUUCACAAAGUGGAGCCGAGGGAAACACAAAAGUACCAGGUACGACUACUACACAAAACCAACCUCUCGAGUCUAAUGCAGCACCACAAAGUAACCACGAAUCGUCGAAUGACAAUGAUAAACAAACCACAAUAAGUGACUCUAAUGUUACCCAUCAGUCCACUUCAACUUCAGGUUCAACUGCUACAGAAGGUUCACACGAGAAUGCCAAUGCUGACUCAACGGCCACCACUAACACUCACACAGAAACAUCAAACACAAUGAAUAACUCUUCUUUACCUGUUCCUGUACCUAACGCAGAGAUCAGCAACAUCGCCUCCACCGUACAGAACAAGGGUAAUGCAGACAGCAGCAGUAUCACUUCUGUGUGGGUACGUGUGCCACUACUGAUUGUGGCUGUGUUGUUCUCCGUUACUGUGUACUGA